AUGUGGAACACCAGUGGGAGCGCGACAAGUGGACGACCGCAAAGGCCUACUGAGAACACUACAUUGUUGCCCUCAAAGGGCCGAGAGAUUGUCGUCACUAUUUACGGCACGAACGAUAAUAACGAGCACGUAGAAUCAGGAAGCAGCAGUUGCUCUUCGUCUGAAGAUUUUUACGAUGGUAAAAUAUGCGUCAUUUGCUACGACGACCAAAGGAACUGCUUAUUCAUUCCCUGCGGUCACUGUGUUACUUGUCGCAAGUGCGCCCAUAGGAUUGUUAAGGAGGAAAGCAAGAGUUGUCCAAUUUGCAGAGGAACUAUCUACAAAGUGAGGAAAUUGUGUAUUUUGUGA